GGGGAGCGGAGUCGGACGGCCGCGGGGAGGGGGCAGAAGGACCGAGGAGGCUGCACCGCACCAAGUCUUUGCUUGCGUUUUCCUCCGCAGACCUCCGAGCCGUGACUUCCAGCGCAGGAUGUGGUACCAUAAGUUGUUGCACCAACAAAGCAGGCUCCAGAAUUUGAUGAAGAGAGGAGACGUAGCUCACGGUCUUCGUCUGUCCGGCUUUAAAAGUUUAUUUCCAUUUUCACUCCAUUGGUGCCAUACGGCUCCCAAGUCUGUGAAUUGUACUUGGCACCAACAUGAAGAUCAUUUGGAACUGCAAUAUGCCAGCACUGUGAUGCGCUUCAAUUAUGUCUGGCUUCGAGACCACUGCCGCUCAGCCUCGUGCUACAAUUCUAAGACGCACCAGCGGAGCCUGGACACUGCCAGUGUGGAUUUAUGCAUUAAGCCAAAGACGAUUCGUCUGGAUGAAAGUACACUCUUUUUCACUUGGCCAGAUGGUCAUGUGACCAGGUACGACCUGGAUUGGCUGGUGAAAAACAGCUACGAAGGGCAGAAGCAGGAGGUCAUCCAGCCCAGGGUGCUGUGGAACGCCAAGCUCUACCAGGACGCCCAGCUUCCGUCUGUUGAUUUCCAGGGUUUCUUAGAAACAGAUGAAGGACUGAAGAAGUUUCUGCAGAACUUUCUGCUCUACGGAAUUGCCUUUGUAGAAAAUGUCCCUCCCACUCAGGAGCACACGGAAAAGCUGGCGCGAAGGGUCAGCCUAAUCAGAGAAACCAUUUAUGGAAGGAUGUGGUAUUUCACGUCGGACUUUUCCAGAGGCGACACUGCGUACACCAAGCUAGCCCUAGAUCGCCAUACCGACACCACCUACUUUCAAGAGCCCUGUGGCAUUCAAGUAUUUCAUUGUCUUAAGCACGAAGGAACAGGUGGCAGGACCCUGUUGGUGGAUGGAUUCUACGCAGCGCAACAAGUACUCCAGAGAGCACCUGAGGAAUUUGACCUCCUCAGCCAAGUACCACUGAAGCACGAAUAUAUUGAAAAUGUUGGACAAUGUCACAAUCACAUGAUUGGGGUUGGACCCAUCUUAAAUAUCUACCCAUGGAAUAAGGAGCUGUAUUUGAUCAGGUACAACAACUACGACAGGGCUGUCAUCAACACCGUGCCUUAUGACGUUGUCCGCCGUUGGUAUGCAGCACACCGGACCCUGACGACUGAACUGCGAAGGCCUGAGAAUGAACUUUGGGUCAAACUGAAGCCUGGAAAGGUACUAUUUAUAGACAACUGGCGAGUCCUUCACGGCAGGGAGUCGUUCACUGGCUACCGUCAACUGUGUGGCUGCUAUUUGACUAGAGACGAUGUACUGAACACUGCUCGAAUUCUAGGUCUUCAUGCCUAAAAUUUAAAGCACUAGGAUUAUGAAUACACUCGGUACCCUACUGCCAGAAUUUUAUAUCAACAGAACAAUAUUGUAUUAAAAUUUGUUUCAGAUUGUCUAUUUUCCAUUCUACAGAAGAGAAGAUUUUUCCUUACUUUUCUAGGAGAAGCCUGAUAAAGAAAGAGGGCUGCUGAGUUGUCUAACAUCAGCCAUCUAGCAAAAACAUGAGUCUAAUCUUUUCCUAACCUUUUUGAUAAAAUUAUAAUCACUGUACAUAAGAAAUAUAAUCUCCAUAUUAAAAGGAAACGAAUUCUAUUA